UCAUUCCUCGUGCAAAGUCAUCUUCCUCUCUGCUCCUCGUCCUGCUAGAGUUUCUCGGCUGUUCUCAGUCUCGUCGUCUUGUUUCCUAGUUUCCUCAUUCAUCUUCUUCUGAUUCAGCAAUGGCUCAAGCUGUUGAAGAAUGGUAUAAGCAGAUGCCCAUCAUUACGCGCUCCUAUGUCACAGCUGCAAUUGUUACCACCAUCGGCUGUUCCCUUGAUAUAAUUUCUCCGUAUCAUUUGUACUUGAACCCUAAACUGGUGGUCAAGCAUUAUCAAUUCUGGCGUCUCAUCACCAAUUUCUUCUACUUCCGUAGAAUGGACUUGGAUUUUUUGUUUCAUAUGUUCUUUCUUGCUCGGUACUGCAAACUUCUAGAGGAGAAUUCCUUCAGGGGGAGGACAGCUGAUUUCUUUUACAUGCUCUUAUUUGGGGCUACUUUAUUGACUGGGAUUGUUUUUGUUGGAGGGAUGAUACCAUACAUCUCAGAGUCAUUUGCAAAAAUUAUGUUCCUUAGCAAUUCAUUAACAUUCAUGAUGGUUUAUGUAUGGAGCAAACAAAAUCCCUUCAUCCACAUGAGCUUUCUUGGCCUUUUUACAUUCACAGCAGCUUACCUUCCUUGGGUUCUCUUGGGAUUCUCUGUCCUUGUGGGUGCAAGUGCUUGGGUGGAUCUUCUGGGAAUGAUUGCUGGUCAUGCAUACUAUUUUCUUGAAGAUGUCUAUCCUCGGAUGACCGGCCGGCGGCCCCUAAAAACUCCGUCAUUCAUCAAAGCACUAUUUGCAGAUGAGCCUGUUGUCAUGGCCCGGCCAGGAAAUAUUAGAUUUGCUCCGCCACAAGCGGAAGCCCCUCACCGUGAUUGAUAUGGAUAUUUGCAGAUGAAGCCACACACUUGAGGGGUUUGAGAAACCCCAUUUUCUGGGGAUCUAACCUUCCUGUGCCUGUGCAUUGUGUAUAAAAUAUCACAUAGAUGUCUAUUAGAACAGUUACUAGCCUAAAUGUGAUGAGUUUUCUUCUCCAACCUUUUUAGAAUUUAGAAAGAAGUGGUACAAGUCUUGUGGUUUUUUGGGGUGUUCUUUUUACCAGGUUUAUUUUCUAACUUUCUCUCCUAUGCUUAAGGUUAUAGUUGGGGCCAAACUUUUUUUAAAAAAAAAAAAAAGUUUGUCAUGAAGUUUAUUUAUGAAAUUACUUCACUGUUGUAUUUGACU